AAAAAGUUUUAGGUCCGCCAGAGCCCGUCUACGGACCGCUCAAUUUGUUUUCACGCAUAGGUAACUUUUAUUUUGAAGACAUGCAACAGUGUACACAAUCUCCCAACAUUAUUGACCCCGAGGGACAGAAAACCAGAUUGCUUUUCAUCAUAAGGUAGUAGGUAGUUUCUGGAAGAAUUCUUUGGGACUACCUGAAUUUACCGUUUAAUUGAGACAACGGGCACCUUCCUGUUUUGAACUUACUCAGAACAAGAUGUCACGUGAUCUUUCACAAACACUCCCCCCUCAAGCGCUGAGCGGGCUGGCACAGGAAUGGCUGAUGGAAGACACGCCGAACUUUGACCUGGCAGGAGUGUGCGUCGGGUCACGUGAAGUGAAGGCCCGAUUGCUGUGCAAAUCCCCAGACACUGUACUGGCUGGCUGCCCAUUCUUCAACGCAGUCUUCACAGAGCUGGGAUGCACUGUAGAGUGGACUUUCACAGAAGGCCAAAACUUGGGACCAGAUCCAGUGACCGUUGCAGCGGUGGUGACCGGCCCAGCCAGGUGCGUCUUGCUGGGGGAGCGGCCUGCACUGAACUGCCUGGCACGGGCCUCCGGCAUUGCCACGCGCUGCGCUCAGCUGCAGAGUCUGGCCCGCACGGCCAGGUGGCACGGGCAGGUGGCGGGCACGCGCAAGACCACGCCAGGCUUCCGGUUGGUGGAGAAGUACAGCAUGCUGGUGGGAGGGGUGUCCACGCAUCGGCACGACCUGAGCAGCAUGGUGAUGCUGAAGGACAACCACGUGUGGGCCGUCGGGAGCAUCUCACAGGCGGUGGCGGACGCUCGGUCAGUGUGCGGCUUCAGCACCAAGAUUGAGGUGGAGUGCAGGAGCGAGGAGGAGGGGAGGGAGGCCGCCAGGGCCGGCGCCGAAAUCAUCAUGCUGGACAACUUUAAGCCUGAGGACCUUCACGUCGCUGCCCAGGCCCUAAAGCGAGACUUCCCGGGCGUGAUCAUAGAGGCCAGCGGAGGGGUGACACCCGACACCCUUGCCCAGUACUUCUCCCCGCACGUGGACGUCAUCUCCCUGGGCUGCCUGACCCAAGGGUGCCCUGUCUCCGACUUCUCCCUCAAGGUGCAGCGCCCCGACCCCCAGGUUGGACAGUGAGGCAGGAGCUUGGUGGACUGGA